AUGAAUAAUAUUGUGACAUUAUUGUUGGUAGCACUCAUUGCAUUAUUACAAAUCAAACAAAGUUUUUGUAGUAACCAGCCUCUUGUUCUAAGUUACUAUGAAGAAACAUGUCCCAUGUUGGAAGAAAUCGUUAAUCGUCAAGUAAAAAUUGCGGUUCUGAAAGAGCCUCGAAUGGCUGCUUCACUUCUUCGCUUGCAUUUCCAUGACUGUUUUGUCUUGGGGUGCGAUGCUUCGGUUCUACUAGAUGAUUUUGAGGGUGUGCCAAGUGAAAAGAAUGCAGGACCUAACGUGAACUCGUUAAGAGGAUUUGAAGUCAUUGAUGAGAUAAAGUACCUUGUUGAAGAUGCAUGUCCUUGUACCGUUUCAUGUGCAGACCUUCUAGCCAUUGUUGCUAGGGAUGCCGUCACUAUGAGCGGCGGGCCUAAAUGGAAUGUGUAUUUAGGAAGGAGAGACUCCACGAAAGCAAGCUUGAAAGGCGCAAACAAGUUCAUUCCUGCUCCAAAUUCUUCUUUGGAAACCCUCAUUGCCAACUUCCAAGCUCAGGGUCUUAAUAUUCAAGAUUUGGUUGCUCUUUCAGGUAGCCACACAAUCGGAAAGGCAAAAUGCAGGAGCUUUAGGCAAAGAAUCUAUGACUACAAUGACUCAGAAGAAACCUCGUAUAAUAAUCACCACAAUGACAAUGAAUUCUUAAGAGUGUUGGAAUCAAUAUGCCCAAAAUCUGGAAGAGAUGACUCUUUGGCACCAUUAGAUUUAAUGACUCCAACUAGAUUUGAUAAUCACUAUUUUCACAACAUAAAAAGGGGACAAGGACUUCUUAUUUCUGACAACGUGUUGCUUUCUGAAGAUGUUGAAGGGGAAAUUCGAGACAUCGUGUGGGAGUUUGCUUCAGACGAAGAAAAGUUCUUUGAGUCGUUUGCAUAUUCAAUGAUUAAAAUGGGAAACAUAGAUGUACUCACAGGGUAUCAUGGUGAAAUUAGAAAGAAUUGUAGGUUUGUCAACACCUAA